AUGGAGGGUCUUGGUGACUGUGUGGCGGCUGAAGAUCAAGAAGAAAGUGCAUCAGUGCAGAAAAUCGAGGUGACACAACAGCUUGGGCGACCUGGCAGUAUACAAGCCCUCCUGCUUCCUUCGAGUGGCAUGUCAGCUAGGCACCGAAAGGGUGUUACAGCUGACUGGUUAUCUUUUAUCUUUAGACGCCCAAAAACGAGAUUCGCCACCACGGUAACGGGUAUUGGAACCCACCUAUUCUGCAUCAACGGAGUACAAAUCGGCAAACGACCAGGAACAGUGGAAAAAAGCUUGGGCAACCUAGGCGUAUCCCAACCCUCGUGCUUCCUUCGGGUAGCAUGGCAGCUAAGCACCGGAAGGGUGUUACAGGGGGAACCCGGUGACCGGGUCCCUGUAGCCACCUUCACGUUGAUGAAUGUAACCGUAUGUAAAUUCAGACAUCAAACAUACGUCCAGUUUCUACUAUUUAUGCAUGCAUACAUUGUGGGAGCUAGUCACUGGGUAGGGGGCUGUAACACCCUUUCAGUGUCUAUCUGCCAUUCCACAAGAAGGAAGUACGAGGACUGCGAUACUGCCAGGUUGGUCAGCCCUAGAGAGAAGUUGAUAUGGAGAGGUCGGGUCCGUGGUUCGAACCCGACCACUGCCUCUCGACUUUCCCUGUCUAGGCUUGGGCAACCUGGCAGUAUCCCAGCCCUCGUGCAAUCUUCGGGUGGCACGGCAGUUAGGCACCGUAAGGGUGCUAUAGCUGAACUAUUUUUUAGGCUUAUCGCAAUCUUUGUCAGGGACAAUUGGAAAACAAAUAACAGGAAAGAAAUACCCCCUGUGAACGUCAGAGAGACUCGAGCCAAUGAAUACCAGUCACCCCAGGACAGAGGCCACCACACAUUUGUGAUCCGUCUGUUAUCACGACACAACCCCCUCGGGGGGUCAUACUCUCCAGGGACGACUACCCUACAUCACACUGUGUAUGAACGCUCAGCUAAUCGAAGCAUCAAACUAGUCCGACAGUUGAACGUGUUGUUGAUAAUAAUAAUAACAAUAAUAAUAAUCGUUCAGCUGUAG